AUGAACUACUACCCUCCUCCUCCGUCUGCAGAGGGCGGAGCCCCGCCGUCGGAAACGGGGACUGUGGACGCCUUGGGAGGGUACUACGUCUCGCAGGAAGCCGCUGGAAUCGCCCACUCCAGUCAGAAUGCGUACCUGUUUCCGCAGCAGACUGCCGUGAUGAACCCCAGGGGAGCUCCGCUGGGAGUUUUAGACGCGCAGCAGAUGGCCUUCUCACAGAGCUACAUGAGCGGGGCAGCGGCGACCCAGCAGAUGAUGCACGCAGAAGGCUACAUGCACUGGGAAGGCGGAGCCGCGCCGCACAUGAUGCAGGGAGACCCGAGUCUGCAGAUGCAGGCGGGCAUGGCGGCGUCUCUGGGACACGCGCCCGCGGUGUUUGGCACGUCUGCGGGUCUGCCCCUCUCCGCGGGGCUCGUUGGGCAGCCGCAGCCGCAGUUGGGUCCUGGCGAGAGUGCCUCCGUCGUCAGUCGCGCGAGUCGCCCGGGUCUCGCCGGUUGGCGCAGGAAUCUCGGAAUCGAGGGAAGAGCCAAGGCAGACGGGCGCCAGAGCAGCCUCGCAGCAGCUGCGCAGCAGCUGCAGCAGCAGCAGCAGGCGAGCCGCGAACUCGCGCGAAGGCAACAGACUGCGCUUCGCCGCGGCCUCUUUUCCGCGACGGAGUUGGAGGACUGGAUGGGUGAAGACUGCCCGGGCUUGGAUCGGCAGUGCGUCAUUCGCUUUCCGCCCGCGAUCGCGGCCCUACUGCGGAAUCGGCUCUCCACACUGACCUCUCCGCAGUUCCACAAUCAGGUGACCCGCGCCACCGGGGUGACUGGCCCCGAGGGCGCCCCGCAGGGGGCGUACCCCCCUGGCUGCUCCGCGACGAAUCCCCUGGGCCUCGUGAUCACGCCCGGAGAGGAGUGGAGCUCGCGCAUCUUUGACGUCAAAGUUACCGGCCACAAGGGCAAGCUGGUCGGUGUGCUGGUGGAGCUCCCGACGCUCCUGGAAACGUACAAGUCUCUUGACGGAGACCUCCUCUUUAAGUCUGGGGACAUUUGCCAAAUGAUCGUCGUCUUUGAUCCGCAAGACCCGCAGAAUGCCAUCGACCUGCAGGAGCUCUGCGAGCGCCAGCAGUGGGAGUGGAAGGACGGCCUGACGCCUCCGACCCACCGGAUUCGCAGCAGGAAGUUCAAAAACCUGGAUCUGUUCGAUCGGCAGGAAAUCCGCGACGCGGAGCUUCAGGUGCUCGAGCUGCUUCACUCCACACGGCGAGACAACUACGAGAUCGAGGUUCACACGCUGCAUGAGAUGCACCGGACGCUGGAGCAGCAUCGGGACGCCGCAGCGGGCAGAGGCGCAAAGCCGACGGCUCCAGGAGUGACCUCGAACGCAGAGGCCGUCAUUGAGCACGUCGUCAGCUGUGACGACGAUGUCCUGGCGUGGCUCGACUCCGUCGGCAUGCUCCACAGCGCGGCGCCAGAUCCGAAUGGCUCGGAGGGCGGCGGGCUGUCAGACUACUCUGACGUCCUCUUCGACUACGCCCCCCCCACCGGAGGAGCCAACGCUGCGGGCACCAUACUGGCCUUCGCUCCGCGCGGGCUAGGAGCAGGCCACCGCGGGCCUCGCGGAGCCCGCGGCGGCCAUGCUGCGUGGCAGCGCGUGGCGGGCGUCGGUGCAGGGGUGGCGCAGCCGCAACCCGGGUCUGCGAUGUCGCCGGACGCGCUGAUUUUCGGAGGCGACAGCCAGGUCGCCCCUCAGCAGUUGCUCGAAGACGACGACGAGGCUGGAUCAGCUGUUGGGCUCUCAGCUGGACUGGCUGCGUCGGGGGCGGCCCCAGCGGCUCCAAGGCUACCACCCAUGGGGGUCCCCGGUCCAGACAUCUUUACGCAGCCGCCACACGCGCCGGCGCCUGUGGGGUAUCAUCCAGGGCGGGAGGACGCUGGGGUCGUGGCGUCUGAGGACGACCUGGAGGCGAGGAUGCAGCGCAAAGAGGAGCGGCGACAGCGAAAGCUUAUGAAGAAGGAGAAGCGCAGACUCAAGAAGGAGAAAAAGAAAGCCAAACGAGACAAGAAGAAACUCAGCCAGCCUGGUGCAGAACCCGGGGGGGAUGAGGCAAACGCAGGACUGGGCUUGGGAGUGGGGGUGCAACGAGGCCGUGACGGGGCUGCAGGCCAGGCGGGCGGCGACGAAGGAGGCGAAAAAGGCGCGAGCAGCUCGUCAAGUAGCAGCGACGAAGAUGAAGGAGGGGGCCGCGACGAUGACGACGCGUUGAUGCUGUGA